GUCUCCACUGCUGUCGUUGAGCCCUACAACUCUAUUCUCACCACCCAUACCACCCUGGAACACUCCGACUGCGCUUUCAUGGUCGACAACGAGGCUAUCUAUGAUAUCUGUCGUCGUAACUUGGACAUUGAGCGACCAACAUACACCAACCUGAACCGUCUGAUUGGUCAGAUUGUCAGCUCCAUCACUGCCUCUCUCCGAUUUGAUGGUGCUCUGAAUGUUGACUUGACCGAGUUCCAGACCAAUUUGGUGCCCUACCCACGUAUUCAUUUCCCUCUGGCUACCUAUGCCCCAGUCAUCUCUGCUGAGAAGGCCUACCAUGAGCAGCUGUCUGUUGCUGAAAUCACCAACGCCUGCUUUGAGCCAGCUAACCAGAUGGUGAAAUGUGACCCCCGUCACGGUAAAUACAUGGCCUGUUGU